UGGCAGCCGGUGACCGCCGCCCCGCCACCGGUGAUUGAGGUGAGAGGUUGCCGCCUGCUCCGUGUGGUGAAGUCAUGCGACACCAAGUUGCUCGCACAGCCGCAGCGGCAGGUCCUUCCUUUUAGGAACAAUUACAGACAAAAAAUAUGGGAAAGAAACGCAUCAAAGGCAAAACUGCACAGUCUGAUGAGUCUCCAGAUAUGCUGGAACCUGUAUGCAAGCAUAUUCGUAAAGGACUGGACCAAGGGCAAGUGAGAAGGGCACUGCACAAUGUGGAGUGGCAUGUUUGUCAGGACUGCAAGGCAGACAGUAAGACACAAGAGAAGGCUGAGGACAAGGAGACUGAUGAAGGCACCUCGAUAUGGUUAUGCCUAAAAUGUGGCCAUAGGGGCUGUGACAGAAAUUCUCCAGACCAGCAUGCUUUAAAGCAUUACGAAACACCGAGAUCAGAUCCCCACUGUUUGGUUCUCAGUUUGGACAACUGGAGUGUGUGGUGCUACCAAUGUGAUAAUGAAGUUCCAUAUAAAACUUCAACCCUUUUGGGCCAGACUGUGGAUUUUGUUAGAAAACAAGUUGGUAUUGACUCAUCACAUGCAGAAAAACAAGAGAACAAAGAAGUUGAAAAUAAAAAAGUAGAAAAAGACAGCAAAAAUGAGCAAGAAAAAGAAGUUUCACUUAAAGAAGAAAAUUCUCAUUCAACUGCUAAUGGAGAAGUCACUGUGAAAGGACUUAGUAAUUUGGGGAAUACAUGUUUCUUUAAUGCAGUGAUGCAGAAUUUAUCACAAACUCCAGUCCUGAGGGAGCUGCUUAAAGAAGCUAAAGUGCCUGGCACAACAGUUAAAAUUGAGUCACCUGAGCUAUGCAUGGAACCUCAGCUAAUAAAACUGGAUCAGCCAGGUCCUUUAACACUAGCCAUGCAUCAGUUUGUGACAGAAAUGCAAGAGACAAAAAAAGGCGUAGUGACUCCUAAGGAACUUUUUGCUCAGGUUUGCAAAAAAGCAAUACGAUUCAAAGGUUAUCAGCAGCAAGACAGUCAUGAAUUGCUUCGUUACUUACUUGAUGGAAUGAGAGCAGAAGAAAUCCAACAAAUAAGUGUUGGAAUACUAAAGGCGCUGAGUGACUCUAACAAACAAAAUGAAGAAGAACUUAAAAAGAAAAUUAAAGAAUAUGAAAAGAAAAAGGGAAUACAAAGUUUUGUAGAUCGAAUCUUUGGUGGAGAAUUAACCAGCACAAUUAUGUGUGAGGAAUGCAGAACUGUGUCCUUGGUCCAUGAGUCUUUCCUUGAUUUGUCGCUUCCUGUACUAGAUGUUCAGAAAGUGAAAAUUACAAAGAGAGAAAAUACUAAGAAAAAAAAAGAAAAGGAGUCCGAAGAUGAAGAGAAUAGAAUCAAUGACCAUUACCUUAAGCAGAAAGAUGAGCCCCCUCGUACAAGUAAGCACCUAGAGAAAAAAGAGAAGAAACAGGCCAGAAAACGAGCCAAGAGCCAACGCCGGCAGCAAAAACUUCAAGGAAAGGUGUUUCAGUUGACAGAUCUCUGUGCAACUGAACAGCCAGAGGUAGAUGUAGAGUACAACCAAGAAUCAGAGACUGAAAUAAGCUCUGAAACUCUUGAUAAGAGGCAAGAAGAGGAAUCAUCACAUGAUUGCAAAGAUCACUGCUUAACUCAGAAAGACUUGAGUAUACAGGGAAAUAGUACAGAGAUUCAGAGCAGGCAUGAAAAUACAGGAAAGCCAGAACAAGAGUGUGAGGAAAAUGAGUCUUUCACGGAUCUCUCUAUGGAAAGCUUAGAUUCUGCUAUGAAGUUUGUCAAUGGCCUUGACAACCUGUCUUUGAAAGAGGAGGAUGAUGAAAAUGAAGAUGAGGAAGAGCUUGCUGCGGACUUUUCAAAACUCCACCUGAGUGCCAGUGAAUCUGACGCAAGUACCUUGGAUGGCCUACAGCCUGUUCCUAACAAAACGUGUGAAGUGUCUACAGAUGACCCCGAAACAGCAUUCUGUACUCUGGCAAACAGGGAAGAGUUGAACCCUGAGGAAGAUUCAAUCCAUCACUGUUUGUAUCAAUUUACCCGUAAUGAAACACUUACCGAAACCAAUAAACUACUGUGUGAUGUGUGUACACAAAGGCAUUGUGGACCAAAGAACAACAUAAAAAGUGAAAAGAAGUAUGUUUAUACCAAUGCCAAAAAGCAGAUGCUUAUCUCUCUAGCUCCUCCAAUUUUAACCCUUCACUUAAAAAGGUUUCAGCAGGCUGGAUUUAAUCUGCAGAAGGUUAACAGGCAUAUCAAGUUCCCAGAAGUGAUAGACUUGGCUCCUUUCUGUACAGCUAAAUGUAAAAAUGUGGCUGAAGGGAAUACAAAGGUCUUGUACUCUCUCUAUGGAGUUGUUGAACACAGCGGAACAAUGAGGUCUGGGCACUACACUGCCUAUGUUAAAAUGAGAGCUAUGAACAACCACCUCUCUGAUCUUGUCCUUCGAGGACAAUCUCAAGCUUCAGAAACUGAGCCAGUGAAAGGUCAGUGGUUCCACAUCAGCGAUACCCAUGUACAACCUGUCUCUGUGUCCAAAGUGCUGAGCUCCCAAGCCUAUCUUCUGUUCUAUGAGAGGCUGCUGUAACUCAUCAGAAGAGCCUUGUGUGUUGCAGCCACCUUCUUUGGAGGUCUGAGAGAAGACUUGCAAAUCAUGUUGUUAACAUGUUGGAGCUAUACAGCAGGAAUUCACUUUCUGCAUUUUAGACACACUGACAAGUGGUUAACUUAUACUUUUUCCA